AUGCUCACAUAUCCAACAAUAACACUUCCAGCCAUAAUUGAAGUUUCCCGAGAUGUGAAAGGAGAUCCAUGCACGGUGUUACGUGAUGCUUUGAACGCCGUCAAAGCUCACUUUGCGGGCACGAAGUCGAUCUUGGGCCAAAUUCCUAUCCAUUUUGUGGUUCCAGUAAGCGAACAACCUAAAGAUGGAUGUUCCGUUCGCUCUGAGUUCCGGAAACAUUUCGGUGGAAGCGCCAAUCGUUUCAAUAUCUUCUUGGACAUCAUUGCCAUUGAGAACUCAAUGGAAAUUGGCGAUAUAGGCGUGCGAGUGAAGGUUCCGGCUUGGACGAACAUUGAGACAAAUGUGAUCUCACUGACCACUCGUAUAAACUUCAAAGAUAUGUAUAAAAUGGAUUCAGUUCUCCAAGAAUAUUCAGGAUGGAUCAGAACGACCAUACAGGGAUUGCAAAUCAAUGACCUCUUCCUGCUAGAUGACACGACUGUGCAUGAUCUCCAUACGGAAACUGAGACCGUGAAGACCGAAGUGAAAGAACACAAGACUGAUGCUGCCAAGAAAACCGAGUCACCGACGCCUGCACCCACAAAAGCGUUCGCGAGACGGACGUCUAUUCACAAAACGUCCAGAGUGAGAACUGCAAGACGAGCGGCUUCUGCUGAAAAAGCACCACCGGAGCCACCAAAGACUGACACCAAGCCGCAGAAGAAAGAAAAACCGCUUGCUACCGCGAAACCAAUGGAAAAGUCGACGGAAAAGCUAAAAGAAAAGCCGAAGGAGAAGCAGAAGGAAAAGCCGACGGAGAAGUCGAAGGAAAAGGCGACGGGGAAGCAGAAGGAGAAGCCGAAGGAAAAGGCGACGGGGAAGCAAAAGGAGAAGCCGAAGGAGGAGCCGUCAAAGAAUGCCAGACCAAAUCCCAGGAGAAUUGCCUUACCACCUCCCAAAAAACUGAUAAAACAAGCGCCGAGUAAAACAACUGCGCGAAAACCAAAUUCGUCUAAUUUUGCGGACUAUGGGGAAGUUGCGCCAUGGUUUUUACCAGAAAACGAUCACGUGAAGGAAAUGAAUCGUAAAAAUUGGCAGACACUCACAGUUGCACCGCUUGUACCAGUUAGCAAUCACGAAGGAGAUGUUGCAAUGCAAGAAUCAGGAGCUGCGGCGGAAAUUGAUGUAAUAGAAUUUAACCAUUGUUCCGACUCGCGGAAAUAUCCGGUCGAAAUGAUCUUCUUAGAUGGAUUCAUAUAGUU